UAUGUCUGGUUUGAGUUUCCUGACCCUGAAUAGAACCUGGUAGUACUAUUGAAAUCUCUUAUGACCUCCUCCCUUGUCCUUCUCCGGGGGAUCUUCAUACUCAUCAUCUUCUCUCCAACCCUCCUCCUCUCCCCGCUUAUACUCACACAAAGAGGCCAGAACACCUGGUUGGACCUAUUCACAUUUUCCUGUGAGUUGGCUGGUCCUGUUUAUAUCAAACUCUGCCAGUGGGCCAGCACUAGGAGAGAUAUUUUCCCAGAUACGGUUUGCCGUAAGCUGAGUAAGUUACAAAGAAACACAAGCCCCCACUCCUGGGAACACACUUUUAAUCUUCUCCAGCGUUGUUAUGAUGGAAGAUAUGAGAAAGUAUUCUCCAGGUUAGACAGAGAACCAGUUGGGUCAGGAUGCUGUGCUCAGGUGUAUCGAGGUUGUGUUGUAGAGAAUGGUGUUGAGGUUGAGGUAGCAGUUAAAGUGGUUCAUCCUGGUCUCCGGGAUCUCCUUAAUAAGGACCUGGCUGUGAUGAAGUAUAUGAGUAGAUGUAUUACCUGGAUAUUCCCCAGUUUGACCUGGCUGAGUUUAGAGACCGGGGUAGAGGAGUUCGGUCAACUUAUGACAGGACAGGUUGACUUAGAAAAAGAAGGCGAUCAUUUAGAAGUAUUUAGAAAACAUUUUUCAAAAAACCAAAGAAUCCGGUUUCCACGACCUCUUCGUCAUCUCAGCAAUACUGAGAUACUGGUGGAGACCUGGGCAGACGGAGACUCAAUAGAUUCAUAUAUCAGGUCUGCUGAUUCGUCAGAAACAAAAAUAGAAUUAGCGCGGUUGGGAGUUGAUAUGCUCCUUCAGAUGGUUUUCAAGGAUAAUUACUGGCACGGUGAUCUUCAUCCAGGGAAUAUACUGGUCACACAUACUAGUCAGGGUCCAUGUUUGAAUGUCCUGGAUACCGGGAUAUCAGCCUCAUUAUCUAAUGUAGAUAGGAAAAAUCUAGUGGAAACUUUUCGAGCUAUCGUGAAAGGUGAUGGAUCAAGGGUUGGAGAAUUGUUCUUGGAUCGUAGUAUUCAUGAGUGUGAAGACAAGAAUGGGUUUAUCAAGGAGCUGGCAGAACUGGUUUUACACGCUAGGGGUCAACAGCUGACACUAGACAGGGUUGAUGUCUCUGAGCUUUUGAAAACUCUUUUCUCUAUUCUGUCCAGGUUUCAUGUGAGGUUAGAUGCAUCCUUCUCCUCUGUAGUUUUAGCAGUUCUGGUCCUGGAGGGGUUGGGACGAUCAUUAGAUCCAAAUAUAGAUCUACUCACUAGAGCUAUUCCUUAUCUAGCUCUUUCCAAACCUUGAGAACAUGAUCAGUGAUCAAACUGAUAAUCACACCUUGAUAUAUGACCAAACUCAUCAAUCAAACCAUGUGCAGUGUUAGAACCGAUCAGAGAAAUUCCACUAGAAGGCAAAAUAAUAAAAAAUUUCCUAUAAAA